UGUAAACGUUAGUCUUGAAUCUUGAUCGAGCACCCCAUCCGGGUGAGAAGACUUAACUUGCUGUUUUCUUUUAUUCUUGUCCAGCAAGUAAAGAUAGGGUGAAACCCGUGAAAAUGGCCGUUUGGGGCAUUAUGCUCACGGCUGCCUGCCACCCUUUUGGGGCCCAUGGUAAGCGGAGACGAGACCAAAGUGAGCCAGAAUUGCGUCUCGUCCAACUCUUCCACUGACAUUGGCGUUUAUAGUUAUGCAGAGAGGGAGCUCAACUGCUCAAGGACAUUAUUCCUUUCGGAAUUCUUGGGGAAGGUAAUCCUCCUCGUUAACGUGGCAACUUAUUGAAGGUUCAGCUAUCAGUACCACGAAUUGAAUGCACUACAAGAGGAAUUUGCCAAUGAUUUGGUUGUUUUAGCUUUUCCUUGUAAUCAAUUUGCUAGGCAAGAACCCGGAACUACAGAUGAGGAGAUUAUGAACGGGAUUCGUUACGUCCGGCCGGGAAACGAUUUCCAGACGAACAUAACGUUUUUCCGCAAGAUUGAAGUCAACGGCGCUAACGACCAUCCCUUAUAUUCUUAUCUGAAAAAAAGUUGCCCGACGACUCGUGAUUUCUUCGAACCAAUCGCCAGACUAAUUUACAGUCCAUUGCGCAACAACGAUGUCCGCUGGAAUUUUGAAAAGUUUCUCAUCGAUCGCAAGGGAAAACCUGUGAAACGUUACGAUGCCAGUACUCGAGUCUCAGAUAUGCGCGUUGACAUUGAAUCCCUUCUUUUCCCCUCUGUAGAAUUUGUUUAUGGAUCGUAAUCUUUUUUUUUUUUUAACUUGCUCGUAGAUGUUUUUUUGUAGAAGCAGUUGUUGUGAGGAGGAGAAAACGAGAUUGGCACGAGUUACGUAAUGACACUCCAGAUCUCAACCGCCCGAAAUAUGGCGGCGAUUUGGAGAAGAAGUUUGAAAUUCGGUUCGACUUGAAUUAAGGAUGUGACGGAGAGAUCAUUUACCAUCUCGCUCUCGUUUUCGUGCUCCCUUGUGCAUUCGGGUGCCGUCAGAUCCGGUUUCAAUCGCCAGUUUUGUCCGCUCGAGUCCGUUUCGUACUUUCUCUCGCCUCACGACGGCUGCGGAUGAAUACAUGACAGUUGAAGCAGCAA